CUCAGUGUCUCUCUCUCUCCCUCCAUCAGUCCAUCUGUAAAUCAGUCUCACCGUUCAUCUCUCUCUCUCUCUCUGUUCAUCAGUCAGUCUGUCUGUCUGUCGUUGUCUUCAGAAAGACCGACACUCUUGGAGCCUCUAAGGAGCCCACAGUCAUCUGAAAACGACAGACCACCAACUAUAGAUCACCAACUACAGACCACCAACUACAGACCACUCCCAGAGGCUGGCAGACAACGGCACAUAUCAGAUGGCCAUCUGGUGGUUGAGGUGGGGUACUGCUGCUGUGAUGGUGGGCAGCAUCCUGGCCUCCCUUGUAACCUCUGUUGCCAUGGAGCCCAGCUGUAACGCAAACAUUGGUUACCCCGGAAUACCUGGGACACCAGGAGCUCACGGAGCCUACGGUAAAGACGGACCAAAGGGAGAGAAGGGAGACCCAGGUGAGUCUGGUCUGCGAGGGAAGGGUCUGAAGGGGGAGCCAGGUGAAUCAGGUCCUCCAGGACGGUCAGGUCUUCAAGGGAACCCCGGUCGGCUUGGACCCAAAGGACCCCCUGGCCCCCCUGGGGAGAAAGGUAGUCCCUCUGGGGUCGACUCCUCCCUCACCUCCUUCUUCUCCUGCAAGAGGAACACCAUUCAGCAGCCUCCUAAGAACUUGCCCAUUCGUUUCGACGGACCAAUACUGUCGGGCCUUGACCCUAGCCUGGAAGGUGUAUCGCUGAAGGACGGGUUGUUUAAGUGUACCAUUAGUGGCGUGUACUUCUUCACCUAUCAUCUGUCGGCUAAGAGCCUGAUCUGUGUUAACCUGAAGAAGGGGACAGAGACCAAGGUGGGGUUCUGUGAUUCGUCGAGUGGAUUCAUGGUGACGUCUGGGUCGGUGGUGCUGAAUCUGUUGGAGGGAGACGUGGUGUCUCUACAGCCCACCGAUAACAACGCUGUCAUCACUAAAGAAGAACGAGCUGACAACACUUUCACCGGCUUCCCUGAUCUUACCCAACUCAUAGAACCACAGGAAACCACACAGAGCCACACAGAACCACAUCGAAUGAGCUCAAACCAGAUUCAACCAGAUCUAAUCUCGGUUACCCAGAAGUAACAUUUUCGAAAGUUUGUCACUUCCUGUUUUACUUCAAUUUUGAAUUUGUAGGUGUGGUAUCUAGUGGAAACCUGUCAUCAUCCACACACGGGUUUGAAAUCUCAGCCACAGUUUGAUUACCGCUUUUGAACAUUCCUGAUUCCAUCAAAUAAUCAAUGAUGAAAACCCAAACCAGGAACUACCACUGCUCCUAAUCCCAUAAUUCUACAUGAGCCUUGAAAGAUUGUUUCCAUUUACAUACAGAAUUUGUCCAUGAGAGAUUAAACCAGAUCACACCUGCUGAAA